AAAAUGUGCAGCUACAACAUUGAACAACACUGAACAAUAAAAAAGCGAUGAUAUAAAAUAUUUAACAAAUAAUAUAUGGUAUAUUAUAAACAUUCAUAAGUUGUACAACUUUAAAAUACAUAUAACUAAAAAAACACAUACAUAUGUACUUACAUAUGAAGGGUCAAAAAGUAAAACGAUUCACCCUCACAUCAGUGGAACCACAAAAGCCAAAUGAAAAACAUAUACGAGGCUUCCAAAAUCAAAACGAUUAACUAACUACUGAAAAAAAAAACGAACAAAACGAAGACUACAAUGCGACACUAGAAUAAAACGAAUAGAUUUUUUUGUAAAAUUCCGAAAUUGAACAUUGGCCAAAAAUUAUAAAUUGAACUAAAUGUUCUUACGUAUUUCAAAACAAAAGUAGCACCCACACACAAAGGGACACUGAGACACUAACAACUGCAAGCACAACUAGCUCAAGAAUAGACAAAAAAACACACAGGAAGUGGCUUGCUAGGAAGAGAAUAUAUUAGAAAAUAAGCAAAAAGAAGAAAAAGGAAAAGUAAAAGGAUAUAAAAGAAAAAGUUUUCAAUAAAUGGGCUGUUGUGUAUCGUAAAUGAGCGAUGGCCAAAGUUUUAAAUUACACAAAGUAUCAUAAAAUAAAUGUAGCAGACCAUCGUCAUCAUCAUCGUCGUCGUCAACAACAACAGCAGCAGGAGCAGCAACAACAACUACAACAACAAGAACAAAUAGAACAACCAAAACAACAGCCACUAACACAACAAAAACUACGACUAAUAAAGCAGCAACAAAAACAACGACAAACUCAAAUAACCACAAAUCAAAGUAACAAUGACAACAAUAAUAAACACAGCCAUUUCAACAACAACAGUAGCAACAACAACAACAAUGAAUUUAUCAGCUAUAGAACAUUGCAACAACAUGUUGUUAAUGACCAACCGACACAUUUUCAUAUUAGCAACGCAAAUUUUCAACAGCUAACAUCCGUUUCCUCUUUUAGUAUUUUAAAAAAUCGAAAUUCAAAAAUCAAUAAAUCUCAUAAUGUUAACAGUAACACAAACAACAAAACAUUUGUGCAUUCAUUAGCCCCACCAACAACUACAACAACAUCACUAUCACUACCACCGUCAACAACAUGUUCCUAUACCCCUACUCCUCCGUCAACAUCAACUUCUUCACCAACUUGCUCUACCGUAGCGUUAAAUUCUACUACUCUCUCCAUUCCUUCUACUCCCCUAUCCUCAUCGCAUCUAAAUCUCUCCAACACAUAUUCGACCUACUAUUCAACAUGUUGUGUCUUAACCUACAAUAUGUUUACGGCUUAUGCCGAAGCUGCAACAUUGCAACUGAAGCGCAAAACACAAUUUAAUAAACUACUGCAUGUGAGUGGUCAUCCUGAUAUGCGUAGUAUUUGCUAUUUAAUUCUGAUGGCCUUCUUCUACUGGGGUGUCAUGAUACGAGCUGCUGUUGCCACAAACUUAACCACUACACAAACGCCACCAUCAACCACCACCAGUCAUGUGGAAGAGUUAAAUACCAAAACCAUAUUUUAUUCGAACUUAACUGCAGAGACCAGCACCAUACCCCACAACAGCUCCAAUGGCAUUAGGGCUGUUCAUGGUGAGGGCGGCGAUCCACCCCUGCCACUAUUGGGUAACAGUAGUUUAAAGCUUCCCAUUUCAUUACUUACUUCUGAUGAUACUUUAACUAACUACCAGCGACGUUUGCUAAUGCGUCGUGAAGCCGCCAAUGUGCCUGAUUUCGAUGAAGAUGAUUCCAGCUAUCAUGAUGACGAACUUGAUGAAUAUGAGAUUUUAAUUAAUAAUAAAUCUGCUUUAGGUAAAUAUAUAGGAGCUCCAUGUAACAAUUCGAAAUGUGAGUCCACUCUAUUGCAUGUCGUCUGUGAAAAGGAUACAAAUACAUGCGGCUGUGAAAAAAACUAUCCCGUACAACUGGGUUUAACCAGGGGGUGCGAUAAACCUAAAAAACUAGGUGAACAAUGUUUCUACGAUGAGACAUGCCAGUACAAUGAUGAAAAUUCCCUUUGUGUUCAGGUGCGUCAUAAUGCCAUGUGUCAGUGUGCGGGUGGUUUCCAUUCGGUUAGCUAUACAAAACCAACACGACGAGUAUUUUGUACUCAAGAUAUCGACGAAUUAAAUUCGGAUUUACCAACACUGCUGGGCGUAUGUAUCGGCAUUGGUGUACUGGCUGGUCUUAUCUGUAUGGUACUCCAUUUGUUUAGUAAAACAAAAUAUCCACGUCAUCGUAAUUUCGGUGAUGCAAAUUUACCGCCACCUAUAAUGUAUUCAAGUGAAACAGGUAUACCAUUGACAGUGCAAUCCGGUCGUCCCUCCUCACGUUCAAGUAUACGCUCUAGUGGCGGCUCAAUCGGUUCCUAUGGUAAUCGUCGUUCGUCAACGGGAGGCGUAGGCGGCAAUAAUAGUGCGACAGCUGGCUCCAAGGGUAUACUUGUCUCAACAUCACGCACAGGUUCUCGAAGACCAAGUCUAGCGUCGGUACACAGUACGAGUUCAUCCGUACGUAGCUAUAGCAUGAUGCGUUUCGAAAAGGAACAACAGCAGAAGGAAAUCCGCCAAGAGAUGAAAUUACGUUUGGCUCGUCUGCAACAACAUCAGCAUCAGCAACAACAUCAACAACAUUUGAGGGAAUAUAAACCACAAAUCAUUAUCGGCGAUACUGCUGUUUCCAUGCAACAUGGUGUUGCAUUGAGUCGCAUUACCAUGGCUACGCCUAGUCCAAUAACACCCAAUUCAACGGAUGAACUUUUACCAGCGGUCGAUGAAAGUCAAGAGUAUUUACCCAAAUCUGAUAUAAUCACAAAACCGCCAUACGCAGAAUCGGUUGCUUCUGCUACCAUAAGUGCUAUAAAAAAUGUUGCUGCCUCUUCGGGUACGAAUCAAAAUAUGACCAGUACAACUAAUGCCGCAGCUAUUGCUUCUACGUCAACGUCUGCUACUGGUAUGGAUCUGGCUAGUGCUGCUGCUUAUAUUGGACCCUGCAGUUCUUCAAAUGAAGCGCUUUAAAUUAAUUUAAACAAAAAAAAUAAAACAGUAUUUAUACACAAAACAAAUAUAUAAAUUAAUGAAUAAAUGUUAAAUUUAAAUGCAAAUUAUCUUAGAAAUAAACAUAAGUUUAAUAAUAA